AUGGAAGGAGAACAACAUCUACAAAUUUGCGAGGAUGGAGUUUUGUCAUGUGAAUCGAAGGAAUUUUCUGAUAACAAUCACGAUUCCGACGCUGUGGAAGAAAGCGAGGAUACUGUUACAAGUGGAAACCAAGAUGUUUCUCCUGCUAGUGGACCAACACUUCCAAUUUUGCAGAAAAUUAUUGAUUUGAGCAACAAAAUUAAGGUCUUGAAAGAUGAACAUGCACUGGUAUCCAACCAUGUGAAAGAGAUCAAGAAUUGUUCAUUUGCAGAACCGGAAAUUUCAAGGGCUCUCCAGCUUCUGACUACUGAGCUUGGAACACUGAAAAAGCAAUACUUGGAAGAGUCAUCAGAGAGGAAACGAUUGUACAACGAAGUAAUCGAACUCAAGGGAAACAUCAGGGUCUUUUGCAGAUGCAGACCUAUUAACCUAGCUGAAGUAGCCAAUGGUUGUGUUUCUGUAGUCGAGUUCGAUACAACACAGGAAAAUGAGCUCCAAAUUCUUUCAUCCGAUUCCUCCAAGAAGCAUUUUAAGUUUGAUCAUGUGUUUAAGCCUCAGGAUGGCCAAGAGACUGUUUUUGCACAGACGAAACCUAUAGUUACUUCGGUGCUGGAUGGUUAUAAUGUCUGUAUAUUUGCCUAUGGCCAGACUGGAACUGGCAAGACAUUUACCAUGGAGGGAACACCAGAGAAUAGAGGAGUGAACUAUAGGACAUUAGAAGAAUUGUUUCACUGUGCAGAAAGCAGAAGUCGUCUCAUGAAGUUUGAGCUAUCUGUUAGCAUGCUGGAGGUUUACAAUGAGAAGAUAAUGGACCUUUUGGUAGAUAACUCAAACCAUCCCCCCAAAAAGCUGGAGGUUAAGCAAUCAGCAGAAGGAACACAGGAAGUCCCUGGAUUAGUCGAAGCACAAGUUUUCAAUACAGAUGAAGUAUGGGAUCUGCUCAAGAGAGGAUAUUCUGUUAGAUCUGUGGGAUCAACAGCCGCAAAUGAGCAAAGCAGCCGCUCGCAUUGCUUGUUACGAGUGACAGUGAAGGGAGAGAAUUUGAUCAAUGGUCAGAGAACCAGAAGCCAUCUUUGGUUGGUGGACUUGGCAGGCAGUGAGCGAGUAGGAAAGGUAGAAGUUGAAGGAGAAAGGCUGAAAGAAUCUCAGUUUAUCAAUAAGUCGCUUUCAGCACUCGGUGAUGUUAUCUCUGCCCUUGCAUCCAAAACAAGCCACAUUCCUUACAGAAACUCUAAGCUCACUCAUAUGCUGCAAAACUCUUUGGGUGGAGAUUGCAAGACAUUAAUGUUUGUCCAGAUUAGCCCGAGUUCCUCCGAUCUAGGAGAGACCCUUUGUUCCUUAAAUUUUGCUAGUCGAGUCCGGGGAAUUGAAAGUGGACCUGCCCGGAAACAGGCAGAUGUAUCUGAACUCCUCAAGCUAAAACAAAUGGCCGAGAAGCUGAAACAGGAGGAAAAAGAAACGAAGAAGCUACAGGACACUGUGCAGUCACUACAGCUACGCCUAGCUGCCAGAGAACACAUAAGCAAAGGACUUCAAGACAAGGUUCGUGAUCUGGAAUUUCAACUAGCAGAAGAAAGGAAAACCAGAAUCAAGCAGGAGACACGAGCUAUAGCGUCUGCAUCAUCAUCAACGACAUCUAGACAAGUGAGAGAGCAACUACCGACAAUUACAGAAAAAAAGCCGCCUUUGGCUCCCACAAGAAUGCUGCGAAUGCCACUCAGAAGAAUCACAAACUUCAUGCCCCAACAACCAUCUCAGGGUCCUAUCAAGAGAUUCUCAGACGCAACAUCAACAAAGAGCAAAGAGAACUAUAAUAAUAAUAACAGCAGUAGAAGAUCAUCAUCCAUGGACAUGAACGCACUAAUGAAACCAAGAAGAAGCUCCAUCGCAUACCGACCAGCUCCUCCUCCAUCAGCAGUUGCAUCAGGCAACAAAACCUUACUGCCCAGAAGGAGAGUCUCAAUCGCAACGUUAAGACCAGAAGCAUCAUCUUCUUCAUCUUACAUGAACAUGAUGACAACUCCAUCACGCCCUUCUUCUUCUAUCUUCCGUGGUGGUAACCCGAGAAAGGCAAGAUACUCUAAGCUCUUCUCUCCAGACCACAAUCUGGUGACACCAAAUGCAAUGAAAAGCAGCAGAUUCAUGAAGAGCCCACUUGGAGGAGGAGGCAACUCGUGGAAGCCGAGCCAUCCCACGGUGGUUGCAUUGCAAAAGAAGACGGUUGUGUGGAGUCCCCUUAAGUUCAAGAACAGAAGAUCAACCUUCUUAGCCAUGCGGUCGUCUUCUUCUUCCACCUCCGAUGUACUCCGGAAGGAACAAUAA